AUGGACCAAGAUGAGCCCCCAAUCCUCACGGCAGUGUCAAGCUCUGCACGACAGCUCUACCUGCUCCUUCGCUGCAUCGCCUUCUCCAACAAGGCUCAUGUCCAGAUCAGCGACAUUGGCGUCAAGCUCGCUGUUGACGAGGCAAGUGUCAUGGAAGCAUCUGCCUUCCUCGACAAGUCUCUCUUCACAACCUACACCUUCAAUGCGCCCGCCCCACUACAGAACUCCCAACACUCCGACAGUGACGACGAUUCCGAUCCACAAUCUACUACCACCCCAGCAUUUCAGAUCUCGCUUCCCGCUCUCCUCGAGACCCUUCAGAUCUUCGGCCUCACCGACCCCUCGACAUCCAAGCCACCAUGGGCGCGCGACGCUCCUUACCCGACCAGCACAGCCUUUACAGGAAACAACAUACUGGGUGGCAUGAACAAUCUUUGCCGGAUAAGCUACCAUGGCCCCGGUGCUCCACUAGCGGUGACACUGACCGAGGCAAGCAUACGCACGCAAUGCGACCUCACGACGUACGAGCCUGGGUACACGGACGAAAUACCCUUUGACCGCCAGGCCCUUGCACUCAAAGUCAUUAUGCGGGGCAGCUGGUUAUACGACGCAAUACAAGAACUAUCAUCCACAAGUCCAGAAAAGCUCACCAUGUACGCCAAAACCAUACGCGGCAAACCCUUCUUCGCCCUCUCAUCAUCAGGUACUCUAGGCUCCGCGCGCGUCGAGUUCAACAACCAGCCCCAGCCCUCCGCUUACCGCACUCCUGCAUCCACGAAUCUCAAUACGAAUAGCGAGGCAUCAGACCAACAGCCCACCAAUUUGCUCGAAACCUUCCAGCUGAGCGACCCCCAGGCCGUACUACGUUCAUCCUACAAGUUCAGCUUGAUACAGAAAGCUGCCCGCGCCAUGAACGUUGCGACCAAAGUCAGUAUACGAGCAGAUACCCAAGGCGUGUUGAGUCUGCAGUUCAUGAUUGAGGUUGAGGGUGGUAGCGCAUCGAGUUCUCAGGCUGGGACUGGAGGGGCUGCAGGUGAUAAAGUUAGUUUCGUCGACUUUCGAUUCGUCCCGCUUGUGGAGGAGGACGAUGAAGAGGCCGAAGGUGGUGAUGUUGACGAGACUAUUAUGCAUAACGGCACUGGGAGUGAUGGGGAACGUGGAGAUGAGGACAUGCUAUAG